CACGCCCUGUGGUCUCGUCGCUGUGUGCACGCGCGUCCGCGCCAUGAAGCAGCGGUACGCCGCCAGCACCGCCACCUCGGCGCUCUUCACGCUGCUCCCGCUGUCGCUGCUGCUCUUCCGCCUCCUCGCCCUCCUCGUCCGCCUCCGCCUCGCGGCCUUCCGCGACGCCGCGCUGUCGCUCCACCUCCUCGCCCGCCUCCGAAUCCGCCCCGUCCACCUCCGCCUCCCGGGGCCCCACGCCACCACGCUCCGCGUCUGGUGCCCCGCCGCGCCGUCCUCCAAGCCGCCGCUCCUCCUCCUCCACGGCUUCGGGGGGGACUCCAAGUGGACGUGGGCGCGCAACCUCCCGGCCCUGUCUCGCCACUUCCACGUCUACGCGCCCGACCUCCUCUUCUUCGGCCCGCACUCCCGCUCCACCUCGCCGCUCCGCACCGUCGCCUUCCAGGCCCGGUGCGCCGCCGAGGCCAUGCGGCUCCUCGGCGUCGACCGCUAUGACGUGGCCGGGAUCAGCUACGGCGGCUUCGUGGCCUACCGCCUGGCCGCCGUGGAGGCCAGGGACCGCGUGCCGAGGGUGGUGGUGAUGACCAGCGGCGUGGCGGCGACGCCGGGGGAGAUGAGGGAGAUGGCGUCGCGGGAGGAGAGGGCCGUCGAGGAGUCGCUGCUCCCGGAGACCGCCGACGGACUGCGCCGCCUCGUCCGCCGGUCCAUGCACCGCCCGCCGCCGUGGAUGCCCGACUUCGUGCUCGACGAUUUCAUCAAGCUGAUGUGCGUGGAUCAGAGGAAGGAGAGAGCAGAGCUGCUGCAUGAACUGCUCAAGAACGGAGCUGGCAUCGAUCCCCUCCCGGUUCUCACGCAGAAAACGUUAAUUCUAUGGGGCGACAAGGACCAGGUGUUCCCGGUGGAUCUCGGCCACAGACUGCAAAGGCAUCUAGGUGACAUGUCAAGACUAGAGAUCAUCAGGGACGCAGGGCACGCGUUGCAGCUGGAGGGAGCCGAGCAAGUGAACCGCUUCAUCAAGUCGUUCCUCUUGGACUCAUCAAAUGGGCCGGAAGUUGGGAGUGGCCCAAGGCCCAACACUAGAGCCUGCUAAGAAGUAGUAGGGCCAGAGGCCCUCGUAGCAACACAGCCCGGCCGGGUUUGCCUUGUUCUCUCAGAUGGGGAUAGUGUAAUGAGUAAUGACCCUGUUUGGGAUGUAUAAAAAUUACUGUGCUAUUGAUUAAUUGACAUGAAAUCCUCCAAUAAAAAAACUGUUCUAGCUAGCUGGACGAAUAUAAGGUUCCCCGAUGCUCACAGACUGUCUAUUUUUGCCUCUCUCUCGGCUUGUUUA